AUGACUAAAGCAGACGGGGAGUGUGAAGGAUUACGUUGCCACGUUCACCAACCUGUAAUUGCUGCAGCCGAGUCCAUUGUUGAGUUCAAGAAGAAUGAUCAAGGCGACUUCAAGUUCAAAGGAAAGAAAGGUAGCAGUGGAUCCAGUGGGGAAGACAACAAGCCAAAAGAGGGUAGCAAGUCAUGA